CUGUAUUAGGAAGCUGUCUCAGAAAAGGCAAACUGCCCUGGUCUCCAUUUCAUAGCUUUCAUUGAUCUUUUCUGUACAUAAGUGCCAGCAAUUGAAUACCUUGGAGAUGAAGUUUGAAAUUGUAAACUCAUUUGGAUCUCAUUUGCUUUGUAUGUUUUUUCUAAUCAGCUGUAGGAAUGAACUUGUAGAGACUGCCUCCAUCUGGGACCCUUUAAAGUCACUUAGGAGCCUCUACCCAUGAGAUAACAGAUGACCAGUAACCCAUGUGCCAGGCAGCCCCAGCCCACUCUGGGCAAGCCAGCUGGCGUCGGCCCCUACCACUGAGGCAGGGAGCAGGGAGGAGUCGCCCCAGCCUGCGCCAUGGCCUCGCCCCGGCAUGUCGGGCCUCCUGAUGGAGGCUGGGGGUGGAUGAUCGUUGCCGGCUGCUUCCUUGUCACUAUCUGUACCAGGGCCGUGACGAGGUGCAUCUCCAUUUUUUUUGUGGAGUUCCAGGCAUACUUUGGGCAGGAUUAUGCCAGAACAGCUUGGAUCCACUCCAUUGUCGACUGUGCUACAAUGCUCUGUGCUCCACUUGGGAGUUUAAUCAGUAAUCAUGUCUCCUGCCAAGUUGGUAUCAUGCUAGGAGGCCUGCUUGCAUCUGCUGGACUAAUUUUGAGUUCAUUCGCCACCAGCCUGGAACAUCUCUACUUAUCAUUAGGAGUUCUUACAGGACUUGGGUUUGCACUCUGUUAUUCUCCAGCCAUUGCGAUGGUGGGCAAAUAUUUCAACAAAAGAAAAGCACUGGCAUAUGGAAUAGCCAUGUCAGGAAGUGGAAUUGGUACCUUCAUCCUGGCCCCUGUGGUCCAGCUUUUAAUCGAGCAAUUUUCCUGGCGCGGAGCUUUACUCAUCCUGGGAGGUUUUGUUUUAAACCUCUGUGUCUGUGGUGCCUUGAUGCGGCCAAUUGCUCUAAAGGAGGACUGCAAAACUGCUCCCGAGUUUCUUGAACAGGAUUAUGUCCCCGAAGAGCAGAAACGAGACUUGAAGAGAAUGUCCAUCUGUUCACCUUUAAUCAAAGUGUGGUCUCAUGAAUGUUUGUGCUACUGCUCAAGAAAGGAAUAUGACUUUUUACUGAUGCCAGGUUUCAUGGUGCUGGCAGCGUCGAUUUUAUUUAUGGCAUAUGGCUGUAGCCCUCUUUUUGUCUAUUUAGUGCCUUAUGCUUUGAGUGUUGGAGUGAGUCAUCACCAGGCUGCCUUUCUCAUGUCCAUACUUGGUGUCAUAGACAUCAUUGGUAAUGUCACCUUUGGAUGGCUAACAGACAGAAGGUGUCUGAAGAAGCAUCGGCACUUUUGCUACCUCUUUGCUGUGGGAAUGGAUGGCCUUUGUUGUCUUUUCCUGCCAGUUCUCCAAAACUUCCCUUUGCUUGUGCCUUUCUCAUUUACCUUUGGCUACUUCGAUGGAGCCUAUGUAACACUGAUCCCUGUUGUGACAGCAGACGUAGUUGGAACUUCUUCCUUAUCAUCAGCACUAGGUGUUGUGUAUUUUCUGCAUGCCAUACCAUAUCUAGUGAGCCCACCUGUUGCAGGUUGGCUUGUGGACACAACUGGCAGCUAUACUGCGUCAUUUCUCCUGUGUGGAUUUUCUAUGAUAUUUAGUUCAAUGUUAUUGUGCUUUGCAAGACUAGCAAAGAAAAUCAAAAGAAUGCAUUUGAGGUCACUCACCAAUGAUAUUGGCACCAAACAGCACAUCUGGACAAAUGGAGCAAUAGCUUAUUCUGUCACAGCAGAAUUAGAUCAAAAGGAUGGUGAAUUUUUGGCUGCGGAUACAAACAGCUAUGGCAACAGAUGACAAGUGCUGCAAGAUUCAGUGGUGCACAGCCACCACAGAGACAGAGGUGGUUCUGUAGCACUAGGCUGUUCAAGAUACUCCUCCUGUGAAACAAGGCAUCUUUCAAUUAGAUUUUUCUAUUGUGUUUUAGUUGGCUAAAGUCUACAUAGAGCAACAGUAAGAAUAAGUUAAUGCAAUGCUAUAAGAAAGCUAGACUGAAAAUAAGCACAGUUUCUAGGUACAAAUGUUCACAGAUUUAUUUCAAAUGCAUUAUAUUGACUCCACAGGUAAUCUCAAAUAUGCCAAUUGGCAAUAAUAAUUAAA